GGAGGGGGCCGUGGGAUUAAAGGCCACCCGGGCGGGGACGGACUGCGCCGGCACCCAGAGCACUCGGAAGCUCUGUGCGCUGCCCGCUGCCCCAGAGCGCGCGUCGGGCGGAGCGGAGCGCAGCAGGGACUUACCUCAAUAUGCGCAUCAGAACCCGGCACUGAGGAGCCGCGGUGAUGUGGCUGCGCGAGUCCCCGGGCCCCUUCUGGGGACCGCUGCUGGCGCUGGUGCUGACGCUGGGCGGACUGCCAAGAGUCAGGGGCUUCGAGGAGGAGCCAAGCAGCGCGAGCCAGGGAUUCCAGGUAGUCACCUUCAAAUGGCAUCACGUCCAGGACCCGUACAUCAUCGCGCUCUGGAUUCUCGUGGCCAGCUUAGCCAAAAUUGUGUUCCACCUGUCCCACAAGGUCACCAGUGUCGUCCCUGAGAGUGCUCUGCUCAUUGUGCUGGGCCUGGUGCUGGGCGGCAUCGUCUGGGCAGCGGACCACAUCGCCUCCUUCACGCUCACACCCACCGUCUUCUUCUUCUACCUGCUGCCCCCCAUCGUGCUCGAUGCUGGCUACUUCAUGCCCAACCGGCUCUUCUUUGGCAACCUGGGCACCAUCCUGCUGUACGCGGUCAUCGGCACCGUGUGGAACGCGGCCACCACCGGCCUGUCGCUCUACGGGGUCUUCCUCAGCGGCCUGAUGGGCGAGCUGCAGAUUGGGCUCCUGGACUUCCUGCUGUUUGGCAGCCUGAUCGCAGCUGUGGACCCGGUGGCCGUCCUGGCCGUGUUUGAGGAAGUGCACGUCAACGAGGUCCUGUUCAUCAUCGUGUUCGGGGAGUCUCUGCUGAAUGACGCCGUCACUGUGGUCCUGUACAAUGUCUUCGAGUCUUUCGUGACUUUGGGUGGUGACAAGGUGACCGGUGUGGACUGUGUAAAAGGCAUAGUGUCCUUCUUCGUGGUGAGCCUGGGGGGCACGCUGGUGGGGGUCGUCUUCGCCUUCCUGCUGUCCCUGGUGACCCGCUUCACCAAGCAUGUGCGCAUCAUCGAGCCCGGCUUCGUCUUCGUCAUCUCCUACCUGUCCUACCUGACCUCCGAGAUGCUGUCCCUGUCGGCCAUCCUGGCCAUCACCUUCUGUGGCAUCUGCUGCCAGAAGUACGUGAAGGCCAACAUCUCGGAGCAGUCGGCCACGACUGUCCGCUACACCAUGAAGAUGCUGGCCAGCGGGGCCGAGACCAUCAUCUUCAUGUUCCUGGGCAUCUCGGCGGUGGACCCCCUCAUCUGGACCUGGAACACGGCCUUCGUGCUGCUGACGCUGGUCUUCAUCUCUGUGUACCGGGCCAUUGGCAUCGUCCUGCAGACCUGGAUCCUGAACCGGUACCGCAUGGUGCAGCUGGAACCCAUCGACCAGGUGGUCAUGUCCUACGGCGGCCUGCGCGGGGCCGUGGCCUACGCCCUGGUGGUGCUGCUGGAUGAGAACAAGGUCAAGGAGAAGAACCUCUUUGUCAGCACUACCAUCAUCGUGGUCUUCUUCACGGUCAUCUUCCAGGGCCUGACCAUCAAGCCUCUGGUGCAGUGGCUGAAGGUGAAGAGGAGUGAGCAGCGGGAGCCGAAGCUCAACGAGAAGCUGCACGGUCGGGCAUUUGACCAUAUCCUCUCUGCCAUCGAGGACAUCUCAGGACAAAUUGGACACAAUUAUCUCAGAGAUAAGUGGUCCAAUUUUGACAGGAAGUUCCUCAGCAAGGUCCUGAUGAGAAGGUCAGCCCAAAAGUCUCGAGAUCGGAUUCUGAAUGUCUUCCAUGAGCUGAACUUGAAAGACGCCAUUAGCUAUGUGGCUGAGGGAGAGCGGCGCGGGUCACUGGCCUUCAUCCGCUCCCCAAGCACGGACAACAUGGUGAACGUAGACUUCAGCACACCGCGCCCAUCCACCGUGGAGGCCUCUGUGUCCUACCUCCUGAGGGAGAAUGUCAGCGCCGUGCGCCUGGACAUGCAGUCCCUGGAGCAGAGACGGAGGAGCAUCCGAGACACGGAGGACAUGGUCACCCACCACACGCUGCAGCAGUACCUGUACAAGCCCCGGCAGGAGUACAAGCAUCUCUACAGUCGGCACAAGCUAACUCCAAACGAGAGCGAGAAACAGGACAAGGAGAUCUUCCACAGAACGAUGCGAAAACGCCUGGAGUCCUUCAAGUCGGCUAAGCUGGGCAUCAACCAGAACAAGAAGGCGGCCAAGCUGUACAAGAGGGAGCGCGCGCAGAAGCGGACCAUCAGACCCGGGCCCCCUCCCUCCCUGCUGCCAACCGGACGGUUCCAGCCCCUCUCCAAUGAAAUUUUCAGAAGUCCAGGGGACACAGGCCACCUUCACCCUCUUCUUGUCCCCUGCCCCAUAGAUUUGGAGCUUUCAGACCCUGAGGAGGCCCCCGACUAUGAAGCAGAGGAGACCAGUGGGGGCAUCGAAUUCCUGGCCAGCGUCACAAAGGAUACUGCCUCUGACUCCCAAGCAGGAAUUGACAACCCUGUGUUCUCCCCCGAUGAGGACCUGGACCCAAGCAUCCUGGCCAGGGUGCCGCCCUGGCUGUCCCCUGGCGAGACUGUGGUACCCUCCCAGAGGGCCCGAGUACAGAUCCCCCACUCUCCUGGCAACUUCCGGCGCCUGACACCCUUACGCCUCAGCAACAAGUCAGUGGACUCCUUCCUGCUGGCUGAUGGCACUGAGGAACGGCCCCACGCUGCCCUCCCUGAGUCCACACACAUGUAACUGUCACCCUGGCUCCUAACACCCUCUCUGUUCUCAGCUGUUUCCUCCAAGUCUCUCUCCUGGACCUGCACUUUCACAAGCUCUCUCCUGCAGUUUUCUUCCUUCUCUAGAGCCUGUCCCUACGGGAGUCUGACUUACAGCACAUUUCUUAGGAGAUGCUGAUGAACAAUACUCAUCUGAUCCUCUGCUUCUCCAGCUAAGAUUUAGGGAUCCAGAGGGUGUGAGGAUUGACUGGAUUUAUGUUGUCAUGCUGUCUUGUGAGAAUUUGCUUUUAGAUUGUCAGUUGGAUCAUAAGCUGUAUCUGCAUGAUCAGCCCUGAAUCUCACUCCUGAGCUGACCAGGCCUGUGUAUGAAGGAGAUGUCCAUUUUGAUCCAAAGGCCCAUGGCCUGGGGAAGAGUCCAGCUGCCAGCUCAUCCAGGAGAGAGGCAGUGGGCCUCUCCCACCUCCGACAGAGGGGUGCAGGGGCAGGGUUUAGGAGGGAACCCUAUGAGGGCUGACCAGCAGCUAGGGGGUUCUGCCCACCGUCUGGCUAACAGCAGCCUUGUGGGCCUUAUCUUGCAGGAGGUGGGGUGCCCUUGAUGCUGGGUGGGGAGCAAGGUGCCUGAUGAACAGAUACGCAAAGAGCCCUCUCCCUGUUGCCCAUUACUGUCUGCAGUGAACAGGGUGAUACCCACCCUGGGCAGUGUCUUGAGGUAUUCCAACUUUCCUUGGGGUGCCUGACAGGCAGGUAGAACUGUUACUAUGGGUGGGUCUGGCCCAGACCAGGUUUCAGCUCCCUGCCAAACAAAGAGGAUGUGUUUUCUCUGGUGGACACUUGCAGAGGGUUUUACCAGUCUACCUGAUACCUCUGCAAGAGUUUUGUCCCACACCCUACUGCUGGGGUUCCUCCAGUGGGCCCUGCUUCAGGAAUGGGUUUUGGACUCAUGCAAUAAGUGGGCUUCCACUGAGACUAGAAACAGGCAUAGCAGUGAUGAUCCCACCUGCUGUCCCUCCCCUGCUCCUUGCUUUUGCCUCUGAACCUUCUGCUUCCCCCCCCCCCCCAGUGUCAUCCUGGAAUCCCAUUUGUCCUUAGAGCAAGGUACUCAGAGAAGCUUCUGGCCAAGUUUCCUGAGCAGAGCAGCUGCAGGGGGUGGGCAUGAUGCUAGAUAUCCCUCUGUAGAAGGGGAACCUAUCAAGGGCAUGGCCUCAAAUUGUCACAGAACAUUCCAAGUGGUCCAGCCAUCCUGGCCCAGGGAUGCUUAUUGGUGGCUAGUAUCCCCUAACCCCCUGCUUACUUUUUAGGGGACAGCAUACAGUGAAUGGGGGGGUGUGUGCUACCCUCUGCACCUUCUUUUGAACAAGCCCUGGGGUGGCACCUCAGGAACAGAAAAGUCAAGGGGAAAGGAACAUUGGGCAGAAGGCAUGACUAUCUGGGCCAGGGGC